CGGCCACCAGUCACGUGCGACGCCGCCGUCUCUCUGCGCGCUUUACGUAAUACAUCGAUUCGUUGCAAUCGAUUACCGAUCGCUGAUCGCACAUCACUAGAGCGAUUUCCCGCGCGAAUUCAAAUUUCGAAAGUCGCGUGUGCUUGUGUUAUUUAUUUUUAUUUUAUUUUUUGUUGUUGUGACACAGACCUUGGAUUUUCGGCUUCCGCGUUCUACCGCCGAGGUCUUGCAAGACAUCAAGAGCUACCGAGGUCGCAAGCCUCUGGGAGGCAGCGUAGUGCCGGUACCCGGCGUGGCCGGCCUCAGCCCCGGAGUGCCGGCGGCUGCAUCCCCCGCCCCCGCACCCCACACCCCUGCUGCGCCCAGCCCUGCACCCGCAGCCACGCCCGCCAUGAAGCAGGACCAUCCUAGCCAGCCCAUGGCUCCGAUGCCAUUCUACGCCGGAGAUCCUAAUAGAUUCCCAACAACGUGGCAAACAGACCCAUCACAAGGUUGGCAAAAUCAAUUCAUACAGCAAAUUCCCACUCAAACGGGUCAAACUACGUUAGAUUACCAAGGUGCCCAUACACCUUAUGCCACGUCACCACACUACCAAGCAAACACUACCUACACCGUCCAGAAUGUUGCGACAACCUUUGAUGUCACUAAUAACACUUAUUAUCAGGCUGGAGUCCAGGCUGUGCCAGCACAAAGACCCCCAUCUAAUCGCGGAGCAUAUACCCCUGUGCCAUCGCCGCGAGCUCCACAUUAUACUACAGAAUACCAGCAGCAGUAUGCUCAAGCUGCCACUCCCGGUGUUACUAGUGGCAGCGAUUCCCGACCCGCCUCAGCCGUUUCAUACCAAAGCUCAGUUCCGACAACGGCAGCAUCCGUUUAUACGGUGAGUCAACCGAAUUACGAACGCACUGAGUACGCAACAGAACAUGCGGAGGACUAUAACAGCGCUGAUGGCACAACAGGAGAUUCUAACAAUGAUGGAGACAGACAGGAGCAAAAUGGAACAAAUGGACAGCAUUCGGGAAACGCCGAGCCUGGAUACCUGCAGGGGAGCAACGGUCCGCGAGCUUCACUCGACUGUAGCGGGUAUUCGGGCGCCUACAAUAGCGGACAGUAUAGGGAAAACAACCAAGCACAAAACCAAAAUGACUGGCAACAACGCCAGUGGCAGCAUAACCAAAGAAUUCAAAACCAACAAAUGCAGAACCAACAUCAAAUUCAAAAUCAGCAACAAUUACAAAAUCAGCAGCAAAUGCAAAACCAACAGCAACUGCAGACUCAACAGCAAAUGCAAAACCAACAGCAAAUGCAGAAUCAACAGCAAAUGCAAAGUCAGCAGCAAAUGCAAAAUCAACAGCAGAUGCAGAAUCAGCAACAAAUACAGAAUCAGCAACAAAUGCAGAAUCAGCAACAGAUGCAAAAUCAACAACAAAUGCAGAAUCAACAGAUUAACCAACAAUUAAAUCAUCAUCAACAAAGUCAACAGCAACAAUUGCAAAAUCAACAGAUUCAAAUGCAGAAUCAUCAAAAUCAACAAAUGCAGAAUCAACAAUUACAGCAAUCACGACAAGAUGAGUCUGAACAACAAAUGUUUUCGCAGUCGGACAGGGUAAACUUAAACUCGAGACUGAAAACUAUGAUAUUAAAUAAACAGAGCCAUACCCGGGACGGUACAAACACUCCCCCGGACAAAGGUGAUCCUGGCGAAGGUCCACCUAGAGGGCUUGACGACAGAAAAGGUGGAAUUUCCACCAAUGACGAUAAAAAUACUACCGGUCAUUUUUUAUCGUAUAGCCACCAUCUCCGAGAUAAUUACCGUAUAGGCGAGCAGGCUUAUUCUGCAGCUGGUAAUUAUUCCCACGGAGCUCAUGCUUAUAGUGUGAGCGAGUUCGGAGGUGGUGGCCACCAUGUAUGGGAGGGCGGGACGGAUGUUCCGCGUAGUUAUGACAAAAAUUAUCCAUCAGUUAAUGCAUCCAAAGCACAAAAAUUGCCCUCUUAUUCCGAUAUGAGAGGUCAAUAUAAUGUUUACUCAAAUCUUACACCCACAGUCGAUUCCCAAAAGUUUCCCGAAGUUUUCUGUAGCGACAAUUUAAGUUUUGCGCAACAAGACAGUAAAGAUUUCCAAUCUAAAAUGCUCAUAGGACCAGUAUCUGAAAUAAACCAACAAACCUCAGCUCGGGACAUAAGCGCACAAAAGAAGCAUUUUGAAAGAGAAGCUUAUGAUGCAAAAUUCAGGCAUCCUAAUGCGCCUUUAAUUCCUAAGUUAGAAUUCCCUGAUAAUUAUCAGUAUAAGAAAGAAGAACGAAUAAAAACUGAGACAGUAAGAACUUCCUGUCAAAAUACGUACAAAAAGCCGAAUGAGGUAAUCUUAAAUAAUACUUAUAAAGAGUUUCCUAACGGGACUUUGGCUAAGGCCAAUCAAAAUACGGUGCUACCACCAAUAUCUACCAUAAAACAAGAAAAUUUUGGCCCAAAACAACAAACCUAUCAGAACUUCCAGAACUAUGGAUUUGAACAUAGGCAAGAAAAUCAUGAAAAUUUUGCUCAAAUUCCUCGCGACCAAGAAACUAUAGGUUUUCAAAGAUAUAACAAGAAUUACGAACAAAAGGCUCAUAAAACCUUUAACAAUCUGGGCAAUGCUGGAAUAAAUACAUCAAUUGAUCCCAAACCACCAUUUUACAUUGAGCAAAUCAAAUCGGAGCAUUCACCCCCGGGCCAUAAAAUUUACAAAAACAUAAAUUAUGGACCUCCGAAGAACGAGCCUUAUAUGUUUCCUGGGGAUGGAGGACCAGUGGCGAUUAGGAACGAAAUUGGUUACUCUUGCUGUCGUCAGGGUUCAACUAGGAAACCACCCCCCGAACACUUAAGAGAUGGAGCUUGUCCAGGAUUACAAACCAAAGAUGAAAUAUUAGAAGACGAUCCUGAUUCAACAGAAAAAUCAGAUUCCAAGAAUCCCUCUAAGCCUGGUACGCCUAUACCGGAUAAUACCGCUAAGCCUAAAGAAAAUCAAUUUAAUUAUUCUAAAGAAUAUCUCGAGAACUUGGAAAAACUAAGAAAUAGUUCGAGGACUGAGGUGCCUGACUGUAAUUGUUUCCCGGCUGAUAAAAAUCCUCCGGAACCAGGCAGCUAUUACACUCAUUUAGGAGCAGCCUCUAGCUUAGUAGAAUUAAGAAAAGAGUUAGAAACGAGGACAGGAUUAUCUGGAAAAGAAUUGAGGAUAGAAAAGAUCUGUUACACUGGCAAGGAGGGCAAAACUGCUCAAGGAUGCCCGAUGGCAAAGUGGAUAAUCAGACGUGCCAACUACACGGAGAAAGUGCUGGUGGUAGUGAAAUGCCGAAACGGGCACAGGUGCAGCUCGGCAUGGAUCGUGGUGUGCCUGGUGGCCUGGGACGGCAUCCCGCAGUCAGAGGCCGACCUCGACUACACGCUGCUCUCACACAAGCUCAACCGGUACGGCCUGCCAACCACAAGGCGCUGUGCUACCAAUGAAAAUAGAACCUGCGCCUGUCAAGGGCUGGACCCAGAGACUUGCGGCGCAUCAUACAGUUUUGGCUGUUCAUGGUCGAUGUACUACAAUGGCUGCAAAUACGCAAGAUCCAAGACCGUGCGCAAAUUUCGUCUGUCCGUCAAAACCGAAGAGGCAGAAAUAGAAGAAAGAAUGAACGUUCUCGCAACUCUACUGAGUCCGCUAUACAUGAACCUCGCUCCCAAGUCAUUUGAGAACCAGUGCCAGUUUGAAAAAGAAGCUUCCGACUGCCGCCUGGGAUUUAAGCCUGGACGACCAUUUUCCGGUGUGACAGCGUGCAUAGACUUCUGCGCGCACGCGCACCGCGACCUGCACAACAUGCACAACGGCUGCACGGCGGUGGUGACGUUGGCGCGGCACCGCGGGCCUGCGCGCGCGGAGCAUGAGCAGCUGCACGUGCUGCCGCUCUACGUGCUUGACAACACCGACGAGUUCGGCUCCGUCGAUGGACAAGAGGACAAGGUGCGCAGCGGCGCGCUACAGAUACUUGACAAGUUUCCAAUGGAAGUGAGAGUCCGUUCCGUGCCAUUACAACCGUGUAGACGACACGGUAAGAAGCGAAAAGAUGAAGAAAACUCAGACAGCGCUAACUCUACCGCAAACACUGGGUCCCAGCAGAAUUCUAACAACCAGAAGAAGCAACAGCAGAACACUGCUGCACCGAGGACACCGCAACCUAACGAUAAUAGAAAUAACGCAAGUCCUAAAAGCCAGAGCAGCGCGUCACCCCGAGCCAGCACUCCAGCUAUGAACCAACCGAAUCUACCUUUCAAUAAUAAUUCGCCAUAUAACUCGGCAUUUGUUAAUCCAAAUAUGCACAACAAUUCCUCCGGUCUAAUCAACCCUAAUUUAUCAAAUCCUGCGUUGCUAGACAUGGCGUCGAUGAUCGACAAUUUUACUGAUGCCCAAUUACAAAGUAAUCAAAUCUCUAGUACAGUUCUAGAUUCUCCUUACAAUCCUUAUGAUCAAAGCUACAAUUUACAUCACCAGAACAGCAUGUACAAUCCUAAUAAUGUGUCUCCUCUAGUAGAAAAUACUUGUCAGAACCCAAACCCCAAUCAACUUCCGAGUUUUGCCUCUGGCUUGCAGAAGAGAGAUCAACCAUUCAAUACCAAUCAAGAACAAGUACAACCCGCGAAUCAGUGGCCUGAUUUUGCUAACGCAGAAAUGUUUAACAAUGUAGUAAAAGAGGAUCCCGAUUCAACCACGGCGCAUCUUAACGGUCCAGCUAACAAUUUUAGCCCCGACUCAAAUCGAAGUGAAACGAAUCCGGAUCAAAUGUCACAGAAAAACACAUCUGAAAACGAUAAGCAAAGUCUCAUUAGCAAUAUUGCAAACAAGAUGCCGGAAUUCGAUAUGCCUAACUCGCCACGCCUGACGGAGAUAUCACAGAAGUCACAAAGUACUCCAGCAUCUCCCGCUCCUUCACAAAUUCCUGAAUUAAAGUCGCCAAGCAAUGACACAUUAAUUUCGCCCGAUGCAAGAAAAAGCGUUUGGAAAUCACCAGAUUCUAAAAACUGGGAUCCCUUGAAACCAAAAGAAGCAUCUAACGCCGAAAGUGACAACUCUUUAUUUAGAGUACCAAAAGCAAGACCACCAUCACGAUCCCAGCUGGUCAACCCAUUAGCUGGCGUAGAAAAUUCAACGUUCCUAAAGCCAUAUCCACCAUCAGAUAAGCCACAUUUUAGCCAAGGGUAUGAACAUAGAAGUCCUUAUGAUAACAGAACCAAUACAAUAUCCCAGCCACCCACCUCGCAAGGGAAUUUCACCAUUAACCACGAAGACAUGAAUCAAAGUAUGGGACCAUCAAAUAAACCCGCCCAAGAGUUUACUGGGAACUUCCAUCCUAUAAGCCAGAAUAAUUUUGGAAACCAAACAUCCGUACCAUACAGUAACUACCCACAGAUGACAAAUGCGUACCCAUUUCCUCCAAGCCCGUAUGGUCAUUUUAAUCCGUAUGAAAAUUCAUAUAACGAUUACAAUAGUCUAGCAUAUUACAAUGCUGAAAAAUAUAAAAGGGAAGAAUUGAUCAGAAAUUCUCAUUGUUACAACUCCUAUGGCUACCAGUACAACCCAAAUUUUACUCCCAACUUUUAUCAGAACCCAAGCCCAAAUUGGUGUCAGUCUUCGCCUAAUUGGUGCCUGUAUCCACCACCUUUUUCUAUUCCGUAUCCACCAGAACCACCAAAAGCUGAGCCCAUCGGAGAAGUAACAGAAGUCACCGACAAUCUGGAAUGUUUUAAAGAUAGUCAAAUGGGUGGCGUGGCGAUUGCUUUGGGCCACGGAAGCGUACUAUUUGAAUGUGCGAAACACGAAAUGCACUCGACGACUGCUGUUAAAAGCCCUAAUAGAGUAAACCCGACUAGAAUAUCUUUGGUUUUUUAUCAGCAUAGAAAUCUGAACAGACCCAAGCAUGGUCUAGAAGAAUGGGAAGAAAAAAUGAGGUUGAAGAAGCUUGGUUUAAAUCCGGCAACACCGGGAACGCCGGGUCCGAAUUCAAAUUCCGCUUCGCCUGCGUCCACACCAGGACCCGAGCAGAGGCAAACGCCGGGCCCAGAAAAAUUUAAGAAUAAUGAGGACGCUAUCCCUGGAGGAUACAGUUCCUUGGCAGCGCUGGUCGAAGCUACUACCGCUGCCAAGAAAAGCGGGCAGAUCAUGCUACGUACAGAUACUCACACCACAAUGUCAUGGACGACGCUAUUCCCAAUGCACCCCUGCACUGUGACGGGCCCCUACCAAGAGUCAGCCACCUGACGCAGGCCGCGUCACGUCGCAACUUAGCAUUGUCGACCUAACUUCUAGGGUUCUACCGAAGCCAUCAAAAUUCGUUUGAAUCAACUAAUUUCAUCCCAAGCCUUGGUUAAACGAAUAUACGGCCACUGACUACUUAUGAUACUAUACUGAUGACAAUUAGGAAUAUAUCUUUAUGGAUAUAAAAUGUAAAAGAUGACCACGUCGUAAAAUAACUUAUUACUAAGUGGUUUUUAUUGGAACUUUUAAGUCAUACUUUUUACUGUCGCGUAAAGAGCUGGUCCUGCGAGCUUCUUAUCAUAAUAUUCAUUUAUAUUGGAAUUGACUACCUUUUUACAGUAUAAGUUGUCGACGAAUCGAGUGAGUUUUAAUCAAAGAUGUUAUUUAAGUUUUAAAUUAGUAGUGUUUAUCGCAUUUCAACUAGUCUUACGUUACUACGAUAGUGUCUAUUGUAUGAGAUAAGAGACCGUAUCCUUGUAGUUCUUUUGUUUGUACAUUCAUGUGCUAUUUAAUUUUACCAAUAUCGAGUCGACCUCCAUGGAUUUAGUUUUACAAAUACAUUUUGUAUAAAAUAGAUGCAUUGUAUGUUUAUUCUGGAUAUUUUGUCGUGUUUUUUUAAUUAAGCGCUUUAUGAAUAAAUAUUUAGUGCGACGCAUUGAUCUCAUAAACUACUAACAAUACAUGUAUACCUUGUUCAGAGCAAAAGUACAAAACAUCACCAUUUGUGGGAAAGAGAGGCUCGAGCCCGAUGGGGACGGGCGGAGACCGCGGUGUCUAAUGAUAUUUUUGUACCUUUGUUUGUUUAUUUAUUAUUUUACAUUAUUGUGAAACCAUCCUCUGUCUAUUUGGAGUUUGUUUUGGCAUUUUAUUUUAAAUUUAAUAUUAUAAGUGGAAUCAUGGCGAAAACGCGUCAUGCAUUUUACAACAAACGUAAUUGAGUGCUUUUCUAUUAGUUUUAAGAUGUGUGUAUUUUUAACUUUUU